CGCCGCUUGGUGCAUCUUUGCUAAAAGAAACGUGGCCUUAGAGGGUUACCGGCUGGCUCGCGUGUGAUCUACGAAUGACACGCAUACAAUUCCGGCUUUGUCCUCCAUCUGUUGGGCCUUUUUUCGAGUGGGGUCUGAUUACAGAACCUUGUUUUUUCCGCACAUUUCUCGCGCUACCCGCCGUCUCUGCCUUACCAGCCGCGACCCACGGCGAGAUAUGUCUGAGGUGGAGAAAGCCAGCAACUCGGCUCCGGAGACCGUCACCGCUCUCCUGGACGUCCUAAACACCACCGACUCGAACGGGAAUGAGGCGCUCAACGCGACCGCCAAAUUCGUGGCCACGCCGGAGGGCACGGCACUGGCUUACGGCAGCCUGGUGCUCAUGGCUCUGGUGCCCAUCUUCUUCGGAGCUCUGCGCUCCGUGGCCUGCUCCAAGUCCAAGGAGCUUGGAAAACAAGCGUACAAGUCAGGCAUACGAAACACGUCAGACAUGCCAGAGACCAUCACCAGCAGAGAAGCUGCCAAAUUCCCCAUCAUUGCCAGCUGUACUCUCUUUGGACUCUACCUUUUUUUCAAGGUGUUUUCUCAAGAGUACAUAAACCUGCUACUGUCGGCCUACUUCUUUGUGCUUGGUGUGUUGGCGCUGUCUCACACGACAAGUCCUCUGCUGUCCAGAAUCUUCCCCUCUUCUGUGCCAAACAAGCAGUACCAGCUGCUCUUCACACAGGGUGCUGGUGAGGCCAAAGAAGAGAUCAUUAACUACGAGUUUGACACAAACAACUUGGUGUGUCUGCUUUGUAGCAGCGUGGUUGGCGUCUGGUACGUUCUCAAAAAGCAUUGGAUCGCUAACAAUCUCUUUGGCCUGGCCUUUGCCCUCAACGGAGUGGAACUUCUGCACCUGAACAAUGUCAGUACCGGAUGCAUCCUGUUAGGGGGGCUGUUUGUCUACGAUAUCUUCUGGGUAUUUGGUACCAAUGUCAUGGUGACAGUUGCCAAGUCUUUUGAGGCGCCGAUUAAACUGGUCUUUCCACAAGACUUAUUGGAGAAAGGUCUGGAUGCCAGCAACUUCGCCAUGCUGGGUCUUGGUGACAUCGUCAUCCCGGGCAUCUUCAUUGCGCUGCUGCUGCGUUUUGACGUCAGCCUGAAGAAGAACAGCAGGACAUAUUUCUGCAGCAGCUUCCUGGCCUACAUCUUCGGACUGGGCCUCACCAUCUUUGUCAUGCACACCUUCAAACAUGCACAGCCCGCUCUGCUCUAUCUGGUACCUGCCUGUGUCGGCUUCCCCGUUGUAGUGGCUCUCUUCAAAGGAGAACUUACUGAGAUGUUCAGGUACGAGGAGACCUUUGGGGAGGAGGGCCUAGCUAAAGAUGACGCGGCAGAAUCACUGAAGAAGGACCAAUAACAUUCACCGAUCACAUCUGCCUCGCAAACACUCUCAUACUGCCAGCCUCCGCCCACAACUUCUCAUCUGGCUGCUUCCUGCCAUGCUUCCUAUCACUUGUCAUUCUGCAACCUUAUUGUCUGCAGGGGGGCAAGGAGCCCUCUUUCAUCAAUACGUUGCAAGGAUAAUCAGAUGAGGGCAGAAACUUGAUGGGUGAGGUGACAAAAAUCAAUAAAAUUAAUACAUAAAUCAAAAAAAGAAUCAAUGAAUGAAUGAAUGAAUGAAUGAAUGAAUGAAUGAAUUCAAAAGGCCUUGUUAGGGCGUUGAUAAAGAAUUUUAUCACAAGCCUUUUGCGUAUCAUUUGGACAACAAAAAUUGUGAUGUGCCUUUUCCACCCCUAAUUAUUUUAAUUCUCAUGAUUACUUAAAUCAUAAAAAAACGGGGUCCCAACAUGUUAUUAUUAACAUUAAUUAUGUUAAGGGGUUAAUAUAGGUAAAAAGGUUAUUUCAAAGGGCUGUUCCAGCAUUUUUUGUAAAAUAAUCAUGAAUAUUUGAUAAUGUAAACUUCAUUAUAAAUGCUCACUUGCCCUCAUCUGCGCUCUUGCAUCUAAAUGGUCACGACAUCAUGGUUGAAUGUCAUCAUGCAUCCUUUUUCUUUUUUAAGAUUGUUUUCUAGGUUUAUUGAGAUAAGAUAAAAGGGAGUUUUCCAAAGGUAUAUGGGUAUUUCACAAUAAAACAUUAUUUCACAGAAGUCUUUUUGAUGUUGCGGUUGUGCUUUGUUUUCCAAUUGGAUAAGAGUAUUUAGGGAAGUGUUUAUUGUGUGUGUUUAUUUGGAAGGGUACAUUUGCUCUCAUAAUCCUCAAAUUUUAAAUGCUUUCUUCUUCGUUGUUCAUGCUCCCUUUGCUCAAUUUUCUUUUCUAACUUGAUGUUAAGGAGAGAGAAAAAAACAAAUGGAUGAAUAAUUGCUCUUCUCUAGCUCACUUUGGUUGAGGACUGCAUGUUAAUGUUUUUGGUGUGCAUAAAAAAAAUAGAACUUUGA